AUACAACAUGGUCCAACAUGGCGGGCUUUCGCCUGUUUAGGGGUUAUGUUCAACGUACCCCUAAAUUUCUUGCUUGUUUUCAAGUUGCCCGUGGUGAGGUUCACACAAAAGCUGUGAGGACUAUCGAGGAAUUGGAAAGUGUGUACAACGAACGGAAAUGCUUCAUAAAUGGUAAAUUAUGUUACCAUUGAGCCGAAGUAGUUUUGUAAACAAGUCCAUGUUUUCAAUAGCGUUGCAUUUAGUUAGCGGGUAUUUGCAUCCUUGCCUGGAACAACUAAGAUUAGAAAGCUUCACAGUUACCUCAGAGUUUAACUCGUUAGCUCGCGGAGUGGAAUGGGGAAUAUAUAUAACGGCGUAAUAUGCGACUAACACAGUCUAUAUACUGUAAGAUUUUACGCCACUAACCCAGUCGGUGAUUAAAUUAUAGUAAAUUAAAAUAUAAUUAAUUUAUACUACUGGCGUAAAAUGUUACAUAUAUAUAUAUAUCACCGACUGGAAGAAAUUACGUCGUUAGUUACAGGCGUAAAAUCUUCCAUAUAUAACUACCGACUGGAAGAAAUUACGCCUACUGUUCCUCCUGUGAAUUUCUCCAUGUAUAAACUUGAAACAUUAUAUAAUGGCAUUUAGCUGUGAUAACCCUUCACUAAAACUGUAGUCGUGUAUACCAGAGUGACAGUUCAAUUUUUUCUUUUUCAGAGUCAAAAAAUUAUACCCUCAUAGAUGAGCAAACGAUCUUUGCCAAUAAUGAGCUUGGCCUUCGGCAUAUUGAAGUGUAUGGGUUUGAUUAUGAUUACACACUGGCCUCUUACUCCAACACACUUCACUACCUCAUUUAUGAUCUGGCAGUAAAAGAGCUGAUUUCUACAUAUGGGGUAGGAAUAAUAACAUUACGCUUUUAAUUUCAAUACACAAUCUGUGAUGCAUAAAUAGGUAAUGCUGAGCUGAAUUUAGAAAAGUUGAUCAAGUCGAGGAUAUGAUCUUGAUGUCAUGCCAAAAACUCAAUACUAGCUAACCAAAGAAUGUAUCAAUUGAAGAAAUGAUCAUUGCAGGUGAGCUGCAAUUUAACCCUUUAACUCCCAGAGGUGAUUAAGAUGAUAUCCAUACAUUAUCCAGUAAACAAGUGAUGAGAAUACUCAAACUUAUCAGGUGGAAGUUGAUCUUGAUCAAACACCAAAUUCUUGUUACAAAUUUAUAAGUAAAUGUGUGGCAGCUGGAGGGGAAAAUUAACAGUUAGAUUGUUGGAGUUAAAGGGUUAAGCAGUAAUUUUGCAGAAAAGAAACCUGAGAAAAUGCAGUGCCUCCAAGAUACUACGUGUAGUUGGGCACUACUACCAAUUUAGUUAUGAAGCUGCAUGUGGAGAGCAGGGCACUUUUAAGAGGAUUCUUCUUUCCAGUGGAAACGGUGGUCAUAAUUCAAUGAAAGUUCAGUGAAUGUUUUUUAGGCUUCUUUUCUGCAUUUUCUUAUUCUGUAGCUCAUCUACAAGGAUUAUUGUUUAAUUUGACUUUAAUCCACAGGUCAAAUGAAAUUUGUUGAGUGAAAAAUUAUGAUCAAAGAAACAUAAAUUAGAAGAAUUGCCUGCAAGAUCCCAAAAAUGAGCAUAAUUGUGUUCAUGACUUCCCUAUAAAAUCUUAUGUUAUAUUGAUCAUGGAAAAAGAGACAGAAGGAUAUGCUCAGUGGAUGAUUGAGACUUGAAAUGAAAUAUUUUGUAUCCAUCAGAAGUUAGAUAUUAGUUAUGUAUUGAGAGUGCCAUGAUAAUUCACACUCAUAAUCUUGUCUUAAUAUUAAAUACUGUAAAUUCCAGGAUAUAAACUCAUCCAGGGCUCAUCGAUUUGGGAAAACCUCCUAGGUGUUUUUUUUUUAUAAAUAUCUUGACAUUUAGUCUUAGCUACCUUACCCUCUUUUCCAUAAAUAACACAAAUUUUACAGCAGAACAGUCAAACCAAGUAUAGAGAAGAAUAUUUAAUUUUGCUGUGUUGUCAGUUACUGUGUUACUGACACAUAAAAAUUGAAAUUGAAGUCUUAUCCUGGGUGUGUUACAUUACCUACAUACCGUUUUCAAUACCUCUUUAUUGUGCGUAAGUUUAGCUCAUAUUCUUUGUUAGAUGAUGUCCACCCAAAUUUCUUUAAGACUUGUAUGAGCCAAGGACUUCUUCUUUUUAUUCAUUAGUAGCCUUUUGUGAAAUUGUUCUGGUGAUUAUAGAGAUGCACAUGCUCUGGUUGGUCAAGGAUUGGGUCAUAUCUUGCCAUAAUUACCUCACUCAAGGUGUUUAGCAUUUCAAAUGGCUGUCUGGUGUCUUGUCAAUGUUAUAGAGGAAGUGAUCAACAUGAUAUAAGAAAAUUCAAUUCCAAAGAGUGCAGAAGAUGCUUAACACUUUUCAAAAGAGAGAUACAAAGUUUAUGCUGAUUGAAUCAAAUAAACCUGUUAAAUUCUAGUGGAGGUUGUCUGCUUAUUUCAGUACAAAAAAUAAAAACAAUUUUAACAGAAUGGUUUCAACAACAGAAUUAGAUAGCACCUGAGCAGUUAUACUAGAACAAUUAUUUGCCUUAAGUUCAUUGAUUAUUGUUGAAUAAUUCCUUCAACUUUGUCUCAAGGAUUAUUCAACAAUUGUCACUUAGCAUGCAGUAAAUAAUUGUAACAGUAUGUGCAAUAUGAUUAGUCAAUUUAGCACACCAUAUUUCACUGAAUGGCACACUAAAUUCAAAAGUUUGUUCUAAUUGAAAUCUUCCACCUGGAUUUGAACCCAGAGAUUAAAUAAAUACAUCUUACUAACCUCAUUUUCUUUAGUAAUUGUGCCAUGUAUAAAUAAUAAUUUCUUGAAUAUUCUUUUAAUCUCAAGUAUCCAAGAGGGAUUGAAGUCAUGAAGUAUGACCCUCAUUUUGCCAUUAGAGGACUUCACUUUGACACCAGCAGUGUAUGUAUUCAACUGAUGACAUGGAAGACUCUUUUAUGGCUAAAUAAAUGCAGGAAUCUUAGGUCUUUUUUUCACAUGUGUUCAAAGGAAAAGCAAAUUCAGCUUAUGAGCCAGAGAGCCAAUACUGCCAUAGUUGAUUUGGGUUUCAGUAGCACAGGGUGGCCAGGAGUAUCACCACGCCCUUCUUGAAGUAAUGCUUGUAUCUAAAAGGGAUUCUCUGACAGUUUGCUGGUACCUUAUGUUCCCUUGAUGGAGAGAGAUGCUGUUGGAAUUCAGGGUCUCUCCGUAAAAACUGAGUUUCAAUCAUGCUACACCCUUCUUGAUGUGAUGCUAGUUUAUCCCAGGGGUUUCCUGACAGUUUGCUUGUACCCCUAUACUCUCCUGGGUGGAGAGAGAUAGGGUGAGAGUUCUGGGUCCCUCUGCAAGCACAACACAAAGGCUAGGUCAGGGUUUGGAUCCUUUACUCUCAACUCAAAAACCAAUGUGUCAACCACUAGUGCUUAAAACUACUCUCAUUAAAGUAAAUUGGCUGCUGUAAAGAGUUUCUCAACCAGACCUAUUGGGCUAGUCCUUCUUCAUUCGCUCUGAAAAAGGGCUAAUGCUUGAAAUGUUGGCUUUGAAAACUCUUUACGGUGUCUAAUUUACAUCAUCAGCCCACUUGAUAAAACCAUUAUCUAACAAUGCCCUCACAGACACAGCACCAAAGUUUCUUUAGAAACUCACCCUCUUUACUCUUACUUACUAAAACUUUGUAACUCCUGUAACUGAUUUUUGGUACGAGGUUUUCUGUAAUCAGAGAAAUGUAUCCCCUGAAAUGUUUUUGUCAAUGUGUGGUUAGAUUUUAAAGAAAGGGCAUUAAAAACUUGGUGAGACUCUGACCAGCUUUCUCCUGUGUUAUUUAAAUCUUUUGCUGAACCAAAAACAAAUGAAAAAGGUUUUGUUACUCUGAACAGGAAAGGCAACAAGAAAGUGAUUUUUGAAAACAUUGUCUUACAAAUGAGGAAUAAAAUGUUAGAUAUGGGCACUUGCAGAAAACCCCUUGUCAACACUUUUUUGAAAAGUUAGCUUCCGAUUCAUACAACGUAACCAUUGAGUCGUUUUGUUCAAAUGCAACCAAUGCAAUCACCUUUUAUUAAUGCAGUUAUUGGGAUGAUGUUACUAUGUUGGUCAUGAUAAAAAUGUCUCUUACUUCCAGUCAGACUUUAAAUCAUAAUUAACAUUGAAGAGUUGGUUUCUCAAAUUCUCAGGGUCUUUUGCUUAAAGUUGAUGCAUUCCACAACAUUAUGUUGGGUUCAGUUUAUAGGUAAGGUUAAUGUUGGUGUUAGUGUAUGCACUCAAAUGCAAAAACAUUGACACCCAAAGAGCAUUUAAAAUGAUCAAUGAGACCCUAUUGCUUUAUGAACCAGUUGUAAACGAUAAUCACCAUUAGGAGGGUGACAAAGGGUUUAUAUACAUGACAAGUGAAUUUUUGAAAAAUCUGUGUGCGAAACAGGAUCAUAACCCCUUUGCUACCCACCAUUAGUUGAUCGUGGUGAUUGGUGGAAGCUAUCUAAGCUUCCCAUAGAGAAAAAGGUUACCAUAGAGAAAGAUUUUGCCUUGAUAAUGAGACAAGUGAAUUACUGAUUAUGUCUCUGUGUGAAAAUUUCCCAGAAAGCUGUUUGGUCUUAUCAUUUAUGGAUUAUGCAUUUUUGGUGCAUAGUUUUUGCAAUCUAGUGUAAUUUAUUACUUCCUUAUGUACAAACAAUUUUGGGUUUAAUGUCAUAUAAGCAAACUGCAGCUCAAUCAAUGUCAUUGUAUGCUGAAAUUUGAAUCAUUGAAUUGUAGGGGAUUACAACCUGUACCCAAUGAUGAAGUGUUUAAAAUUUACGAAGGAACACAUCUCGCCAUAACAAAGAUCAACCCUUCCAAUUUUCUCAAUGUAAGUAUGUUUUGAGGAUCAGAAACUGUGAAUAGGUGACUCACUGGAUGUCAGGUUAAAAUGAUUGUAAACUAAUUUUAUAUGUUUGUUGUUGUUUUUUUCUUAUUCAAGGAACAUUUCAUGAUCCUUAAAGAAAGAAAAAUACAAAGCAAAACUUGAUUAAGUUGAAAUCAUUUCAACCUGCAGGGUAGAUAUAUGAUCUGAACUGAUGCAGCUUUUUUUUUUUUUGGUGAUUUUCUAGGGCCCAAGGCGGACCAUGCAUCAUAUGAUUGAUCUGUUUUCAUAUCCAGAGAUGGUCCUCAUAUCCAACGUCAUUGAGGUGUUUAGUGGUCCUUAUCAGUUUUUCUACAAUUAAGUUACUAGUAGUUGGCUGUUAGUCGGCCCACAAAUUUUUCUAAGGAGUUGUUUUUCAUAAUUACCUCAGUAAGAUAAGAGUUACAUUUGAGACUGUUCUUUUGGACCUCAUAGCACCAGUCUUAGAAAUUGUUUACUUUAGCAAGGAUAUGCUUAGGAAAUAAGAUGGCUCAGAUGAUCAAUAUGGUGCUCUGUGACUUUAGUUGAAGGCUGGGUGCUAUUGUAGAAUAGAACGAUUUCUUUCAGUAGGGCAUAACAAUUUUUUCAUUUUUGGAAUUUACUGUAAUUAUGUAUACAUUAAUUGUUAUUUUUGUUUGUUUUGCCACAGUUUUUCCAACAAAGAGGUAUCCCUUAUGAUCCAGAGUAUUUGUUUCGUGACUGUCAGGUAAGUAACCAUUAGGAAUUGUUUUAAUCGCAAAGAAGAGCUUUGAAUGAUAGGGCAACUGUAAGUCACUUUUAGAUCAAGUCUGUAACAUUAAACCUUUGACCCCUAAGGAGUGACUAGCAUCCAAUUUCUCCUUACAAUAUCACCCCUGAAUCACACAUUAAGGUCACAAGAAUAAAGAUGAUGAUCACUAACUUCAGAGACUUGUGAUUGUUAAAACAAAUUCUCCUUGUCAACACCUAAGGAAAUGUUUAGAGAACAGUAUGGAGAACAUGCAAACUGAUGUUAACAGUUAAGACCUUUUAGAUAUGGAUUGACUUAAAAGGGUGCAUGCCACAUCUCUUCUUUGUUCUUUUAUUGUCACACAAGUACUUGCUUCAGAGUACACUUUAUUUUCUGAUGAACAUAAAUUUCAACAUUAAAUUUUUGAACCCAAAAUAUUAUUUUUAAAGGUCUCCACGAUAGAUCUAUCAUCACUAUGAAGAUUAUUAUACAAAUUAUACCUGUGGCUGCUGGAGGAGAAGGAACAUUUUCUUUCAGAAUUGAAGCCAUUCUUUGUAUAGCAUUAUUAUUGUUUGAGAGGGAAGUUAAAAUAAGCUGAUAACAAACCUUUAUUUUCUUAAAUUUUAUGGUCUAAAUUUUGGCUUGAUGUUUUGAAAUCAAAUAGAACAGCAGAUUUGUAAAGCAAACAAAAAAAUGAAAAAAAAUACACAAUAAAAGAAUGGUUUUUUUGUUAGGAAAAAGGAGAGACUUUCAAAUAGUGUCUCACAUUUUCCUUUGAAAGGUUUGAAACAGAUGGCACUCACAUUAAUGUUUCUUUAUCUUGAUUCAGCAAGCAGUGCAAAAUGUUCACAAAUCAGGAAAGAUGUAUCAGGCCGUCAUAAAUGAUAUAGGUAAAGUAUUGAAAGGAUAUGGUAUCAUGUUGAUCAAUAUUAUUUUAACCAUCUGACCCCGAGAGCAAUAAGCUUCUUAUUUCUCCCCUCCACAUCACCCCUGAUUCAAACAUUUAAGGUCAUUAGAAUAGAAGAGAUGAUCAACAGCUAAAGAAUCUCUUAAUUGAUUAUAGUUAUGUUAGUUCUAAGAAUUUGGUAUUGGAUCAUCUAAUAAUCCCCUAGUAUUUUUCUCUAUUUUCAUCACUUGUCUGCUUGAUAUUGUAUUGAUACUAUGAUGAGAAAUUUUGUCUUGGUCACUCAUGGGAGUUGCAUGUUGUUCUUCAGUAGCAUCAUGGAUGAUACAAGGAUGAUGCCUGAAAAAAAUUUGCAUCAUUUUCCAGCUCCUUAAUAUGCACAAUUGUAAUUUGUGUUUUGAGUUUGUUUGUGUAUUUUAUUAUAAUAUUUUGUUAUAUUAAGACUGUUUUUACAGGCCUUCAUUUAAACCAGCCUUAAGCAGAACUGGGCCAGCCUAUUUUAAAUGUUGCUAAUGAAUGAGUACCAAAAUAAGUAUCAGCAAAAUUAUAUAAAGCACAACUCUUAAUCAAUAACUGAGUUGUAUACCACUUAAAUAAAACAGGAGAAUGCUGAGUAAUAUGUGUGGUACAGUAACUGUAAAAUGUUAAAUUGGUGACUUUAUUUGAUAGAUAAAUACCUUAAGAAGAGCCCUCAUCUGGGAGAACUACUCCAGAGGCUUGUUUCGUCAGGGAAAAUGCUUUUCUUAAUCACCAACAGUGGCUUUGAGUUUGUGUAAGUACUUACUAAUAAUCAAAAUUUAAAGAUUACAUGAAGAGACUGUGAUUUUUUUUGUAAGGCUUUACUUUCAACUGGCUGUUAGUGUAUUUCAAUAGGCUAAGAUAGGAAAACUUAUCAAAGCUUGCAUUGCUGCCCUAACUGUACUUUUGUACACCUGUGGACACCACAAAUGUGGAUGUGCAGAAUUGUCUCAGUGGUGAUCCCUGUAGAAUAUUUUACUCCUGGCUUUGGAUUAAAAAAUAUUGGCAACUUCCAUUAAUCCUAUUUACCCAUAGGUCUGCAGUGUGUGCAGUUUCAAAUGUGUUUUCUUACAGUCUUCUUGGGAGACUAUUAAAAGAGUCCCUUAGAUAUGUGUGGGCUUACCUGAAAUAAUCCUUAAUUGUACGUAGCAGAGUCGGUAUUUAUGCUAUUUUUCUGUUGUUCCACAACUAGGAAGAAAGGUAUGGAUCACAUGAUUGGUAAAGGAUGGCGUGAUCUAUUUGAUGUUGUUAUAACACAAGCUCGCAAGCCUUCCUUUUAUCAUCAGCAGGCAUCAAGGUGGGUAUUGUGUUGCUUUCAAGUGCAAUUUAAUUUUUAUUUCCUCCAAACAAACAAUUACAGUUACCCAUUUGGUCAAAGGGAAGAGUGGAGACUGCAAUGGCUCCCAACUGCUGGUUUCAGUAAUUAACAUUAUAGUACUGUUGCUCACAUUCUUGUUUUUUUCCCCUCAAGGAAACAAGCAGAUGCUUAAUACCUAACAGAGUGAAUUUCCUCCUUAACUCUUGAACCCCCAAUAGUGACAAGUAUCUAAUUUCUCCUUACAGUGUCCCCCCUGAAUCAAACAUUAAGGUCAUGAGAAUAAAUGAAAUGAUCACCAACUAAAGAAGUUUUUUUUUUUUUUGAUAAAAAAAUUCUCUUUGUUAGAACCUUAGGAAAUGUAUGGGGAACAGUAAGGAGAAUAUGCAUACUGAUAUUAGGGUAUAAAAGGUUAUGGUUUUUUCCACAAAUGGUUAUAAGAUAUGAAAGUAUCUAUUGUGGAUUAACAUUUAGUUUCUGAUUGAUCUGAUCAACAUUAAAUUGAUUUACAGACCUUUUAGAUGCGUGGACACAAGACUCUAUCGUCCAAUGUGGCAGAAGGUUUCGGCUUUGUGUAAAGGACAAGUUUAUAUUGAAGUGAGUAACAUUUAAGAACUUCUGCUUCCCAUACCAUACUUGCCAGCCUGCACGUUUGAAUUAUUUUUUUUUUUAAUUGUUUAUUUAUUUCUUAUCAAAAUCAUGUUUCAGGGAAAUAUUGAGCAGUUCAAAAAGUUUACGGGCUGGUACGGUCCAAAUGUGCUGUACUUUGGUGAUCAUGUUUACAGUGACUUAAGAGUGAGUUGGAUUGUCUAUAAUUGUUUUCAAUUUUUAUAAACAUUCGGACAUAAACCAAGAAGAAAGAUAAACCAAUUCAUUAGAUUUCUAUCCAUUGUCAUGAAUCAUGCUCCAGUACCUUUUUGAAGAGGAAAAAACAAAAACAAUUUCUUUUCCCGUGGUGUUUUCUUUACUCGUUGGAAACUGCACUUUGUGUUCUGAAAUUCUUUUUCCUGUUUAUUAUGUCUAUUUUAGGAUCCUGUUCUUUACCAUGGGUGGAGAACUGGGGCCAUCAUCCCGGAACUAGAGGUAUUUGCGAUCAGCUUUUCUUACUGACAUAUGGAUAAUUGAAAAGAGCAGCCUCCCUCUACCGACUGUUGGCCGAUUGUCGGCCGACUUGUAACCGACAGGCUUCCGAUAGCUUACCAGUUGGCUUAAAUUUUAAUUAUAUUUUACAGCAAUAAUAGUUAACCUCCAAAAUAAAACUAAAAAGAUGCGGUUAAUUCUAUAUUACCUACAUAUGUUUUUUCUCACGUGUGUCUUGUUUCUACUUGCUAUGCGUUUAGAUCAGGUGGAGACUCGGACUUUUACUUUCUUCACUCUCGUGACAAAGCAACAGUAUUUCCCUACUGUUUGAAGUAAAGCUUGUGAAGGUAAUCAUUAAUCUACUUCACGUUAAGAAUUGCUAUUUUCUCUUUUCUUUUUUGGCAGAGUGAAAUCAAGAACGGCAACUCACUGGAGUUUCAGCGUUCUGUGAUGUGGCUGACCAAUCUUCAAGAUUUAAUCCUCCAACUGAAGGUCAGCAGCUUGCGAACAGGUCCUCAUUAUAAGCGCUUCAGUAUGUGCGUUUCUCCAUCUCUAAGAGAGUAUGAGCUCUUGAGGAAUGCGAGCUAGCAGAGGUUUGCAAGGGGUUAAGUCAACUCGUCUCCAAUCCUCUCACGGGCGGAGAAACGCGCGUCCUGCAGCACUGAUAAUCAGGGCCUUCCCGCAGGCUAAACGUCAGUAGCGUGCUUUCGUGAUCAGACCCCAUCCUCAGGGUUUUAUUUGUCGUCUGGCUGUAAAAUAAGCUAUAAUAAUUCUUUAACCAUGUGAACAUCGUAUUGGUUAGGGAAGGUACAAUAAACUGUAAUGUGAAGAGGCUACUCGGUAGAGCUAUCAUGUAAAGCUUCACUUAGGGUUAAUGUUGUCCAAGUGUAAGAUCUCACUUUGUAAUGAUGUACCGUAAGAAUCCAGAAUUUUUUGCACUAAUAAUCUUAUAACUCUUGUACCUAGCAAAUCGUCAGAACUGUUACAAACAAAUUAAAGUUUACCUAUUUUCCGACAGGCCUUUCCUCCAAGCAGUAAACGGGCUCAACUUACUGACGAAUGGAAACGAGAAAGAAGAGAACUAAAGUAAGAAAAACUCAUAUGAAAGUCACUGACAAUUCUGCUGCGUUCGCGCAGCAGCCAUACAUAUACAUUGUGUAAUUCUGGUGAAUUUACUGACAAUUCUCCUGCGUUUGCGCAGUCAUACAUACAUUGUACCCUGCAUUUGAAUAGUGUAGAAGACAAAAUAUGUGGAAACUCCUUCUUAAAAUCUUUUUUCAUAUUAAUGUUUUCUCUGGUGUCAUUUUGUGGUCGCUACGCACAAAGAAACUUAAAAAGGGAUUUAUUGUAUUGCAGGUUGAAGUUGAAAGCGCUGUUUAACCCCAGAUUUGGAAGUGUUUUUAGGACAUAUACCAACUCGACGUAUUUCACUCGCCGCUUAGUACGGUUUGCUGAUCUUUACAUGUCGUCUGUUGAAAAUCUGCUUAAUUAUCCCCUGAACUACACCUUUUACCCACGAAGGGCUGCUCUUCCUCACGAGGCUGUGCUGGAUUUUAGAACUAAUCGAGUUCCGCAAUACCAGACAUAUCCGAGCGCAAAGAACUAAAUAGUAUCGUUGCUUUUCAAAGGGCGUUUUGACUUGUGCGUUUUCCAUAAGAUUUUAUUUGGCAACAAACCGUUGGGUGUUUUGGGAGUUAAAUUAAUAGAUAUUAAUCCUUUGACCCCUUAGAGUGAUAAGCAUCUAAUUUCUCCUUACAAUAUCACCCCAGAAUCACACAUUAAUGUUGCGAGGAUAAAGGAAAUUAUUAAAUGAAGAAGUUCUUGAUUGUGAAACAAAUUCUCCUUGUCAGCAUUUAAGGAAAUGUAUAUAGAUCAGUAUGAGGAAUAUGCGUACUGAUUUAAGAGUGUAGAGGGUUAAAACGAGGUCAUGUAGCUGUCAGGUGAAAAGUGAACUGACGAUUGCAAAUGAAUGUGGAUACAAUUAACCCAUUAACUCCCAUGAGUGACCAUGACAGAGGUUCUCCUAACAAUAUCAAUACAAUAUCAAACAGACAAGUGAUGAGAAUAAAGAAAAAUAUCAGUUUGGUGAUUACAAAUUCAUCCAAUACCAAAUUCUCCAAACUAACAUUAGAAGAACUAGAUAGCAGACAGUGAGGAGAAUUUCUAAUGAGAUCUUGGGACUUAAAGGGUUAAAGACGUGGUUCUUCUUUCAGGAGAGUAAACAAAACGUAGCACUUUUUGGUUUAUCUCAAUUUAUUUAAUCAUUAUGGAUGCAUAACAGUGACUAGAAUCAAGAUUUUACCAUGUAAAGAAGAAGAUGGUAUCUGCUUAUUGACCUUCGAGGCCUCAACGUAUACAUUUUGCAUCAAAAACUUUUAAUUUGUAAGUGAGGGUAACCAUACUUGCUACAUGAAUACUUAACUUUAAUUUAUUUUAUCUCUCAAUCGGUGAGUACGUGCGCCAUGGUUGCUCAGCUUAGCGGGCCGUGUUUCAUUGCGCGUCCCGCUAAAUUCAAAAGUUAGUUUGAAGUGAUAUUGCCUCCCUCCGCUUGAACAGAGAGAUAUGGUAGAUAUCUUAAACUCGUUUUCCUAGUCCAAACUGUAUGUUACGAAACGUCGUUUUUCCGCUCAGAUUUAUGGGCCGUACACCUCGCGCCUGGGCCAUCAAUCCGAGCGGAAAAACUCGGUCCAUUUCCUAGAGUGCGGACCUUGAAGUCGGUUUUUAAGAGGUAUGUACUGAAGUCCGACUAAGUUAGAUUUUAAACAGACUGCUGUUAAACACUUGGCUGAAAGAAGAUCCAAUUUAUUGCACGUUUUACUUUCAUUUUCAUCAGUCGCUCAUCGUAUAUUUAUGAUAUAAAACAAUAGUCUUUACUUGAUGAUGAACUUUGCUUUGAUAUUUGUCCGAAGACAUCAUCAGUUCGCUUCUCGAAGGUAAAUAUCCACCGCUGUCACCUACUCUAAGGUGAAAAAUGGUUUCAGUAUCUUGCACACAAGAACCGAAAUUUGGUAUUUCUAUCACAAUCCUUAAAAUGAUCGGAAAUAUAAAACUACGCAUUAGUUUGUCUCCUUGGCUGCUCGGAAUUUUACUCGGUAAUCAUCUUGGUAAUCAUCUUGGAAUAUUACUCGGUAAUCAAUCGCCCAUCAGCGCGCGCGAAAAGCAGCUGUGCAUGUGGUAUAUAUUGACUUUGGUUAUUUUCGUUGUCAAGUAUGAUAUUGUAAAGAUAUCUUUAAAAUAGUUAAAAGAUAGAAAUCAAUUAUAUUUUAGUUUCCAACAGAGGUUCCUACUUUGUUAGUGUGAAUUGCUUUUCAUGAAACAAAUUCUCACCCAAAGGCGUUACCUCACGGUUUUUCUUUUUCGAAAAGUUUUGUCCGAAUUUUUGAUAGACUGACAUUUACAAUCCGUAUUUAUUCUUUCCAACCUUAAUCGUUCUCUAUUUUUCAUCUGUGUAUUUUAUCUUUCAGUAAUAACACUGAC